AGCGCCCCCGCCCUGGCACGCCGUGUGCCGCCGGGGGGCUCGGGCACAGCACACUCACACCCGCCCCGCCGAGACAGACCCCGGCGGCCCCACGGGCACGCGUGACCGGCGUGAAUGCCGCAGCCCCAGCCACGCACACAGGCAGAGUAAAACUCCACACCCCCCACUUGCGUGCCAGGGGUAACCCCAACCCCACAAGGACGCACCAGCCACCCCGACACCCGCUACAAGGUUGAACCCCAGCUGCCCACCAAUGCGGGUGUGCCGGGGCAAGCCCAGCCACCCCCCGACUGCUCUUCUCCGACGUAAGCCGCAACUGCCCCGCCAACAAGCACACACGGCAAAAGCCCAGGUAUCUGGGGUACACCCCAACCACCCCGCGACAUUCCCGUUCCCUCUGCAAACCCCAGUGUCGCCGCCAGCACCGGCCCGGCCGGGGUGAACCAGCGCACCACCUGAUGAUGAUCAGCCCCUCCACAGCGCAGCUCCCGCCGCGGCUGCCCGCCCGGGCUCCUGCAGGUCCAAAGAGGGAUGGCCUGGGACUCCCUGUGCAGCAGGGACUUACUGCGCCCCAAGAUAAGAAGCUCCUCGAGCCGGACGCCCAGCAGCCCACGCAGCACCGAGACACCAUCCCUGGAGGAGCUGCGGCGUCUGCUCUGGACAAACAGACACCCCACAGGGCAUGUGGACGAAGUUUGGCCAAACCUUUACGUGGGAGACCUGUACGUCGCUCGUGACAAAGCACAGCUGAGCCGAAUGGGCAUCUCCCAUGUUGUGGAUGCUGCUGCUGGGCGAUUUCAUAUUGACACGGGACCCAAGUUCUACAAAGAUCUGUCUGUGGAUUACUAUGGAGUAGAAGCAGAGGACAACCCAAACUUUGAUCUCAGCAUUUACUUCUACCCAGUUGCUCGAUACAUAAGAGCAGCACUGAAUUCCCCAAGAGGUAAAGUACUAGUUCACUGUGCGAUGGGAAUCAGCCGCUCUGCAACUCUUGUCCUUGCUUUCUUAAUGAUCUGUGAAGAUAUGUCCCUCGCUGAUGCAAUUCAGACUGUGCGUUCACACAGAGGUGUCUGCCCCAACUCCGGCUUCCUCCAGCAGCUCCGGGAGCUGGACAUCCAGUUAGGAAGAAGGAAAGGCAGAGCAGAGACCUGCUAGCACCAAGGGGUGCUGCUUCCUGGCGCUGGACAGAGAGACGCUGCCCUCACCAAGGACAGUGCAAGGACGCUGUCAGGACUGCUGUGCAGCUGCGCUGAGAAACACCUCGGGAAACGGCUGAGAACGAGCAAGCUGGUAGGACUUUGGUAUGUAUUUUUUGGAUAAGCCCACUAAUUGGAAAGAAAAUUAAAUAAAGAAGGAUUCAAAUGUGCA